AUGGAACCACAAUCCACCACCUCGUUGUGCUCCUCCUCUAAAAGACGGCGAUUCCAAGUCCCCAUAACCAAAUACUUCUCAUCCGGCAAUACGGAAUCUCCCUCCAAUGGCUCCUCGCAUUUCAAUUAUGCAGCACCAACACACUCCCCAGCUCCCGUGCUUCCUCACAAAGUUCAGUCCUCCCUCCUGACCGUCGGCAUGCGCGUUCGCAAAUCAGUACCAGAAGGUUAUAAAACAACAGCCACAAAAUCGGCUUUCCAUAUAUCUCAUACAGGCUCAUCUUCAACUAUAUCCCCAACGCGAACGAUGUCUACGUCAUACGCAGAACUAGCACCCUUUUGCGGUGUGCUGAAAACGGGCAAUCUUGCAGUACAGACAUUCCCACAGCAUCCUUCAGAUACACAUCAGACAAUACACCACAACCACGCACUGGAUGAGGAAUGGAACCAGUCCGCCCUCCCCUCAAGCAGCCAAAAAUCUACAGAUUCAUCCACCAUCGGAUCCACAAUUCCGCCAGCGACACUUAACACAAACAAACGACCAUUGGAACCCGACUGUGCAGACUCAGACAGCGAAGGCGACGACGAUGAAUAUUCCAAUAUCUUCCCGCGCGGGUUCCACCAGAUGUGGAAGUCCACGAUUCCCGUCGUCAGCACGCCUGCAAAUUCACCGUCACGACCAAUCCUGCUUCCGAGACUGGCGCAUAAGGUUGGCAGAUAUCAAAAUCAUCAACAGCAACAGCAGCCGCAACCGCACAAAGUGCGUCAUUGCGGGCAAGAGAAUAACGACCCUGGGGUUGUUUCUAUGACACAGGCUGUUGAUUUUGAAGAAGCUUCAUUCUUACGUCGGAAGGAAGAGGUGGAUGACGAGAUUGUUGGGGUGGAAGUGGAGAUGGGAGGCGUUUAA